AUGGGGGACAGACACCAACCACAACCGCACUUAAGCGGUGCCUAUUACGGACCAUCGAUUCCUCCGCCAACAAAAACCUCUCACAGCCACGGCAGACGCGGCGGUUGCGGUUGUUGCAGUUGUUUAGGCGACUGUCUCGGUUGCUGCGGUUGCUGCAUCUUAAGCGUCAUCUUCAACAUCCUCAUAACCUUAGCAAUCGUCGCCGGCAUAGCGGCGCUAAUCAUCUGGCUAAUAUUCCGACCAAACGCCAUCAAAUUCCACGUCACCGAUGCUAAACUCACCACAUUCACACUCGAUCCAAACAACAACCUCCGUUACAAUCUCGACCUCAAUUUCACGAUCCGUAACCCUAAUCGACGAAUCGGUGUUUACUAUGAUCAGAUCGAAGUCAGAGGAUAUUACGGCGACCAGAGAUUCAGUAACGGUAACGUAUCGCCGUUUUACCAGGGGCAUAAGAACACGACGGAGGUCGGAAGUAAGCUUCAGGGACAGAAUUUGUUGGUGCUUAGCGGCGGAGAGAGGAAAGAUCUCGACGAGGAUUUGAAAUCUGGGAUUUAUAGGAUCGAUGCGAAGCUGAGGCUUAGGGUUAGGUUUAAGUUUGGGUUGAUUAAGUCGUGGAGGUUUAAACCGAAGAUUAGGUGUGAGCUUAAGGUUCCGAUUAGUAAUCCUAAUACAACGAGCGGGUUCCAGUUUCAGAGGACCAAGUGUGACGUUGACAUUUGA